CGCAAACAUCGACUGCUAAGAGGCGCCUGCGCCCGCCUGCCCGCCGCGCCACCCGGCUCCAGAGACGUGCACAUACAAGUCUACGCCCGCAACAUCGCCCGCUCCAGCACCCACCACGCCGCACCGCAGCCAUGGACGGGGCGGAUAUCGAGGCCAAUAUCGAUCUUCUGAUCAGCUUCGGUGCAGACCAGCUCGACAGAAAUGAGGCUCGACAGCUACUCGCAAAUCAUGGCAACAGUGUCGAGGCCGCUAUGGAUAAGUACUUUAGCAGCAUGGACCAAGGAGGCAUCUCCGCGCUGAAAACCCAUCUGCGCAACUCGCAAGCCAAAUGGGAUGAGAGCGCCUUUGGCGGCGCCAUGUACGGUGCAGACGAUGCUCCCGCUUUCAAUAUUGACUAUGCGCCAGGCCACGAAAAUUACCCCCACAGCAAUGUUAAUAGCAGAGCCCCCACACGCCCGCCUUCUCGAACGAGCAUUGCCUCUAUGCAGGCACAGGCUGGCGACGCCCCGAUGCAAAGUAUAGAAAACCAAGAGUCGGGAGUAAUCGGCUCCAACUCCAACUUCAGGCCGGCCACGGGAGACAAUUACGACACGUCUCAGUGGGCCUUGGUACCGACAGCUACUGAGAUCAUCGCCGACCCCAUCCCCACCCAGCGAAAACGCGAGGAAGGCCAGCCUGCCAUCCUCAAGCCCUCGUCCAACUUCAACUACCUAUCCAGCCUCAUUCCUAUUCUCCAUUCAAUACCGCUUUUCCGAAACGCACUGCUAUGUCCCGCAAUAUUGCAGAACGACUACUGGAUGGGCGAGGACUGGUGGAGAGGCAGUCCGACAGAGUCUGCGCGCAUAUUCGAUGACAGCAUAGGGCGCUCAGAAGCGCACGGGUUGGAGAUUAUUUACGAGGCGCAGCGGCUGAUGGCGUUUCUGGACAACACUGACAGGAUUUAUGGAUCAGUGAAUGCAUUGCUGCAGACAGAGGCUUGGGCAGAAGCCCAGUCAGUGGUGGAUGACCCUGACGACGACUUGCUCAAAUUCUUGGUCAUGUGGGGCUUCGCGUUACAAAGUCAUGUACCGAAUAUCGAAUUGAACGGUGUGCUUCGAUCCACUGUCAAUGUCGCAGGAACCACACAAGAGAGCUUUGCGCUAGACACCACUGUCACCCGCGACCAGUCCCGACCCGACUUUAGCCUGUACGAUGUCCUCGACGACACACUCUUCUCCUCAGCGGUAGGGAGCGCCCAUAUCCGCGAUGCCAGCAAUGUUCUCAUAAUUCGCCUCACGUCUUCAAAUACGGAAGCAUCCGAUCUUGGAUGCCGUAUACCGGCCACUCUUUACAUCGAUCGCUACCUUGAGAAGAACAAGCAUGUCAUUAAUGGCAUGUACAGCGAUAUCAAGCAGCACGAGGAGCACCUCAAUGCCAUUCAGGCACAAGUGCAGAAAUUACAAUAUCACACCCCGAAUAAGGCAGGUGCUAAGAAGGUGGAUUCAUUGCAACUGCUGCGAACCAGCAUGACGGCGUAUGAACAUGCAGAUGGCAGCGGAUCUGUGGAGGAUGCAGUGGUCUUGGAGAAGCUUCAAGCACUGCACAAGAGCAUUAAAGAUAAGCUUGCAACCCUUGAGAAGCAGACUGAGCAUAUGCAGAAGACAAUCUUUAGCAUCUCGGGCAGAUUUAAGCCACACGUGGACGAUGGUGCGACAAACGACAAUACUGAAGACGGUACAGACGAUGCAGCCAAGAAACCGGCAGGAGAAUCUGUAGAGCCAGUCAAGGUCGAUUUUCCAGAGGGCCAAAGUCCAGAAGAUGCCAUGCACCACCCCUAUCAUCUCCACGGUGUAGCUACUCGUCGUGACGUACUGUAUGUACGACACCCCGAUAUCAAAUCCGAUGUUCCAGGCGCAUUACAGUGGUGGCGAAUGCAAUACGACUCUGAAUCCUCGAACCCAAUCAUCAGACGCGACCGCCUCUCACUGCAAGAGGUCAUUGAUCGGGCGACUACUGAAUCUGCCUCGGCACUCCUCGUAUACGCAAACGACGAUGCUAUUUCAGUCGAGCCCACGCUACUACCAAAGCCACUCUUGGACUUUGUCAAACGCGACAAUCUCAAUUUCCUGGAAGAACUGCAAAAGUCGGCAACAGAUUGGGAGGCGUUCGGGGACUAUGACAAUGUGGCUGAAACAGAUUGGGAUUCUGGAAAACCCAGAUGGGACAAGGACUCUACACAGCAGUGGCGGGAAGACACAUUGCCAGAAGACACGUGGAACCAGAUUCCCGCAAAGGAAUUCGACAGUCGUGAUCUCAACGACUCAAACAUGAGUUCGGCUACACUGACGCCCAACACGGAAAUCGAAGACGACACUUCUUCGGCCGCCCAGCAGCAGCAGCAGCACACUGCCUCGAACACCGUCGCAGCACCGAGUAACGCUAGCAGCGAGACAAUCGGAAGAAGCGACGAUGUCAUGGAAAUCGACGCAGUAAAACUCCAGGCUAAAGUCGCUUUCUCAGACGUCGACAUGCCGGAUGUGCAUGAGGAGCCGGAGCCGCCGCUACUGUCUUCUCAGCAGCAUAUUGAGGUUACCGAGAAGAACAAGGGUGGAUAGAUGGAUGGGGUGUUUAUUGGUUGCAUUUAUUACAUAGCUAGUCAGUCGGUUGGCGAUUCGUCUGGCCUUUUCUUGCUCGCGCAAAAUCAAAUCUCUCUCUCUCUCUCUCUCUGUUUUGUGUCUCUUUGUGUCUCGUUCUCUU